GCCGACCUCCCUCCCGGUCCCCAGACCAGGGGCCAGAUGUAGAAAGUAGUCCCCAGGCCGGCGGCCGCGGCGCUGUCCACUCCGCCGCCCCCGCCCUCUCCAGCCGCCGCCUCACUCCGCCCCCAGGCCGGACUCUCGGCUCCCCCGCCGCCAACCACUCACCCCCCGCCAGGCGCGAGCGGGUGUCCGUGCGCCGGCCUCGCCGCCGCCACCACAGAACCCAGCCGCGGGCCGCGCCGCGCCCGUGCCCGAGCGGGAAGCCCAGCCUGAGUGCGUGCGGCUGCACGCGGGGAGUGCCCGGAGGCAGGGGUUCUGCGGGUGGACGGCGGCCGCGGGGCGGGAGAGCAUGCCCGCGCAGCCCCGCUGAUGGCGCCUUCUCUGAGACCCCUGGCGCGGCUGCGGCCGCCGGGGAUGCUGCUCCGCGCGCUCCUGCCCCUGCUGCUCUUCAGCUCCCUUCCAGGAGUGUGGUGCUUCAGCGAACUGUUUUUUAUGAAAGAACCACAGGAUGUAACUGUCACAAGAAAGGACCCAGUCAUAUUAGAUUGCCAGGCUCACGGAGAAGUUCCUAUUAAGGUCACGUGGUUGAAAAAUGGAGCAAAAGUGACUGAAAAUAAACGGAUCCAAGUUCUUUCCAACGGCUCUUUAUACAUCAGUGAGGUGGAAGGCCGGCGGGGAGAGCAGUCCCAUGAGGGAUUUUAUCAGUGCUUGGCCAUGAACAAAUAUGGAGCCAUUCUUAGUCAAAAAGCGCAUCUCACCUUGUCGACUAUUUCUGCAUUUGAAGUGCAGCCAGUUUCCACCGAGGUCCAGGAUGGUGGAGUUGCUAGAUUUGCCUGCAAGAUUUCAUCUAACCCUCCUGCAGUCAUAACAUGGGAGUUCAAUCGGACAGCUCUACCUAUAACUAUGGACAGGGUAACCGUCCUUCCGACAGGAGUGUUGCAGAUCUAUGAUGUGGGCCAGAGGGAUGCUGGGAAUUACCGUUGUGUUGCUGCUACUGUGGCCCACAAACGUAAAAGUUUGGAGGCCUCUCUAAUAGUGAUUCCAGCUGAGGAGACUAAACUCUUCCACUCACCAACCAUUAUAGCUGGCCCACAGAACAUGACUGUGUCUCUGCAUCAAACUGUUGUUUUGGAAUGCAUGGCCACAGGAAAUCCCAAGCCGAUCAUUUCUUGGAGCCGUCUUGAUCACAAAUCCAUUGAUGUCUUUAAUACACGGGUACUUGGAAAUGGUAACCUCAUGAUAUCUGAUGCCAAGCUGCAGCAUGCUGGAGUCUAUGUUUGUCGGGCCACAACCCCCGGCACCCGCAACUUUACCAUUGCUAUGGCAACUUUAACUGUAUUAGCUCCUCCUUCAUUUGUUGAAUGGCCAGAAAGUUUAACAAGGCCUCGGGCCGGCACGGCUCGAUUUGUGUGUCAGGCAGAAGGAAUUCCCUCACCCAAAAUGUCAUGGUUGAAGAAUGGAAGGAAGAUUCACUCAAAUGGUAGAAUUAAAAUGUAUAACAGUAAACUGGUAAUUAACCAAAUAAUUCCUGAAGAUGAUGCAAUUUAUCAGUGCAUGGCUGAGAAUAGCCAAGGAUCUGUUUUAUCUAAAGCCAGACUGACUGUAGUAAUGUCAGAAGACAGACCCAGUGCCCCCUAUAACGUGCAUGCUGAAACUAUGUCCAGUUCAGCCAUCCUUUUAGCUUGGGAGAGGCCACUUUAUAAUUCAGACAAAGUCAUCGCUUAUUCUGUGCACUACAUGAAAGCAGAAGGUUUAAAUAAUGAAGAGUAUCAAGUAGUCCUCGGAAAUGACACGACGCAUUAUAUUAUUGAUGACUUGGAACCUGCCAGUAAUUAUACUUUCUACAUUGUGGCUUAUAUGCCAAUGGGAGCCAGCCAGAUGUCUGAUCACGUUACGCAGAAUACUCUAGAGGAUGUUCCUCUGAGACCUCCUGAAAUCAGUUUGACAAGUCGAAGUCCCACCGACAUUCUCAUCUCCUGGCUGCCGAUCCCAGCCAAAUACCGACGUGGCCAAGUGGUGUUGUAUCGUCUGUCCUUCCGCCUAAGUACUGAGAACUCCGUCCAAGUUCUGGAGCUCCCAGGGACCACACAUGAGCACCUUUUGGAAGGCCUGAAGCCUGAUAGUGUCUACCUGGUCCGAAUCACUGCAGCCACCAGAGUGGGGCUGGGAGAGUCAUCAGUGUGGACUUCACACAGGACACCCAAAGCUACCAGUGUGAGAGCUCCCAAGUCUCCAGAGUUACAUUUGGAGCCUCUGAACUGCACCACCAUUUCUGUGAAGUGGCAACGAGAUGCCAAGGACACAGCAGCCGUUCAGGGCUACAAGCUCUACUACAGAGAAGAGGGGCAGCAGGAGAACGGGCCCAUUUUCUUGGCCACCGGGGACCUGCUCUACACGCUCAGUGGCUUAGACCCCAGAAGAAAAUACCAUGUGAGGCUGCUGGCUUACAACAGCGUGGAGGACGGCUACCAGGCAGAUCAGACCGUCAGCACCCCGGGCUGCGUGUCUGUCCGUGAUCGUAUGGUCCCUCCUCCACCACCACCCCACCAUCUCUAUGCGAAGGCUAACACCUCAUCUUCCAUCUUCCUGCACUGGAGGAGGCCUGCGUUCACCACUGCACAAAUCAUUAACUACACCGUGCGCUGUAACCCUGUGGGCCUGCAGAAUGCUUCUCUGGUUCUGUACCUUCAAACAUCGGAAACUCACAUGCUGGUUCAAGAUUUAGAACCAAACACCAAAUAUGAAUUUGCUGUUCGACUGCACGUGGAUCAACUUUCCAGUCCUUGGAGCCCUGUAGUCUACCAUUCUACACUUCCAGAAGCCCCAGCAGGCCCACCAGUUGGAGUAAAAGUGACGUUGAUAGAAGAUGACACUGCUCUGGUUUCUUGGAAACCCCCUGAUGGCCCAGAGACGGUUGUGACACGGUACACGAUCCUGUAUGCAUCCAGAAAAGCCUGGAUUGCAGGGGAGUGGCAAGUCCUCCACCGAGAAGGGGCAAUAACCAUGGCAUUGCUGGAAAACCUGGUGGCAGGAAAUGUAUACAUUGUCAAGAUAUCUGCAUCCAACGAGGUGGGAGAAGGGCCCCUUCUCAAAUCUGUGGAGCUGGCAGUCCUUCCAAAGGAAACUUCUGAAUCAAAUCAGAGGCCCAAGCGUUUAGAUUCUGCUGAUGCCAAAGUUUAUUCAGGCUAUUACCACCUGGACCAGAAGUCAAUGACUGGCAUUGCUGUAGGUGUUGGCAUAGCCCUGACCUGCAUCCUCGUCUGUGUUCUCAUCUUGAUAUACCGAAGUAAAGCCAGAAAAUCAGCUGCUUCUAAGACGGCACAGAACAGACCCCAGCAGUUGCCUCGUACCAGCGCCUCUUCGGCAAGCAGAAGUGAAGUGGGAAAGAACCUGGAAAGAGCCGUUGAGAAUGAAGAGUCCUUAAUGCCAAUGGCGCCCAGCAACUUCAUUGAUGCAAAGGGAGGAACUGACCUGAUAAUCAACAGCUAUGGUCCUAUAAUUAAAAGCAACUCUAAGAAAAAAUGGCUUUUUUUCCAAGACUCUAAGAAGAGGAAAGUUGAGCAGCCUGCAAGAAGAUUCACUCAAGCUGUCUGCUUUUAUCAGCCGGGCACUACUGUGCUCCUUGGUGACGAAGACUCUCCCGGCUCCCCAGGCCAGACAGCCAGCUUCCCAAGACCCUUUGGUGCCGCAGUGGAUACUGAACAUUCAGCAAACAGUGAAGGGAGCCACGAGACUGGCGACUCUGGAAGGUUCUCCCAUGAGUCCAAUGAUGAGAUACACCUGUCCUCUGUCAUAAGCUCCACACCCCCAACGUCCAGUUCUCUCACUGGCAGUGAUUCUGGGGAGGACCCCACGACAAGGAAGUGUGAAGACCCUGCAGCGCCAGCCACUGCGGAGCAGACCCCUGCGUCUGUGCUGCGGCCCUCACCCACAAUGCGGUGCUUGGAGAAAGGUUUUCCCGUCUAGACAGCCAUGCUCAGGUGUCUUGCCUGUAGGUCUGUUCGAAGGACAAUGAACAGGGAGCCAAAGCCUUUUGUGAAAGCCUUCAUGUCUUAGUGGGUGUUUCAGCCUUUUUUGAAUGUGUUUUUUUUUUUUUUUUGAAACUCAUGUAUUUUGAAUGUUUCAUUGUCAGCAAUGUGAAAGGACAGUCAAAGUAUUUGACUGGAUUAUAAAAUAUAUCACUGGAGCAGAGGGAAGACUUCGAGAGCCCCUUUGCUGACUAUCUACCUCAGUUUGCCCGAAGGCAAACUCUGAAGAAAACUGUGUUACCUCAUUUGUUGUAGUUUAUGUCAGCUGCGUUACCAAUGAUACUUCCUAGUAGCCUUUUGUUUUCAUUGCUGUAUGUGUAAUAUGUGUGAUCAAAGGAGUCAUUUAGGUAGGUAAGAAUGUUUAUCUGAAGCUCUGAUUUUCAACAAAAACUGUAACCUCCACAAGGUUUGGGCAGUUUUACCCCCUUCUGUGAGGACUGGUAAACCACCAAAAGGAAAAGUUGGAUUAUUUAUUUUGAUGAUUGGCCAGAGCAGUAAAAAAAAAAAAAAAAAAAGUAUCUCUUUUGAGAACAGAACCAUUCACAAGCAUCUAGGGAAUAAUAUUGCUUAAAAGGCCUUUAUGUUUUGGGCAUUAGAAUCUGAGUGUUUUAUCUGCUGGAUCCCAAACCUCAGCCUCCCUCGCGCCGUGCCUUUUUUACCACCUCUUUGCCUGACAGUUGGCCAAAGGCUGUACUGCCAGCUUGCAAAGCAUCCUCAGCUUUUCCAAUAUUAGUUACAAAGCCCCAUGCAGAAAGUGGAUUUUUAUUUUUAAAGAGAAUGGGUUAGGGAUUUCUUUUUUGUAAUCCCAGUUUGGUUUAAAGGAUUGAAGAAAUUUCAUAUUAACAAUGAAGAUAAAUGUGACAGUGAACCCGAGGUUAUUGUGAUAACAGUGCCUUCUAGAAUAUAUUACGAAAUGUUUUGCCUUAUACCUUUUUGAUAUUCAUGAGGUUGUUUAGGACAGAAGUAUAAAAAGUUGCCUUAAUAGUUUCUAGAACUUACUCAGUAACUAUUUUGAUACUUAGUAUCUUACCGUAAAAGUUUUUUUUAAUGAAGUUUUUGUUUAGGGAUAAAUAUUCAGCAUUUUGCCACCCUGCUUGGUACUCUUCAUGUAAUCUUCCUUCAGUGUCAGUGCUGUGAAUGAGGAAACUAACUCUGCAGAGUCAGUCAGUCCUCUUGCUGGGUUGAAGUCAGCAAAUAGUUCACUCAGCCACAUGGAAUAGGCCUUUCUCAGUCAUGUGACAGUGACCUAGGUGCCUAGCAGCAGGGGAGAAUAAGGAACUAGAUGCGUUCUAGAGAGGAUCCACUUAUCCUAUUAAAAAUAUGCUUUCAAGUUUUCUGGAUAUGACUCUUGAGUCUCCCUUUAAAAGUAAUCUUCAUGGGUUUCCCUUUGAGACCGUUUGCUUGUAGAGGGGGCAGGGUCAUAUGAAAUGAAGGGGCUCAAGAAUUGUACUGGAUUACAGGCCUGGUGUCACUCCUAGACAGCGAGGGAUGCUGUAACAGGAACAUUUUUUUUCCCUUUAAUCUAUAGUUUGUGCCAAACUGAGUGUUUUAGAAGCAGGCCGACAUAAAGUGGCAGUAACCUCUUCCAGACUCAAUUCAAAGCCCCCCCUAAGUGUGGGCUUCAUGGCAAAACAGGCAACACAGCAAAAGCAGAGCUUUAGGUGAGCAGUCUGAGGCGGGGAAGAUGCCGCCCCUGCCUUUCUAGCUCCUGUUUAUACUACCUCCUUUGAAAGUAUUCUAGUGUUAUUUUUUUCCUGUACUCAGGGAACAUUUUAUUACUUUUGAGCUGCCUCAUGGAAGCAUGGGCAGAUUGACAGGGUAUGGCGUUGUGCGGUUCCUAAGUAGAAGUAUGUGGGGCCGACUUUUAUCAUUGUCUAUAAGUCAGGAGUACAAUGAGAUCAUUUUGUUGUUUAAACUUUCAUUAAAAGGCAAAUGAGAUCUGUAACUGAAACAUGCAUCAUAGUUAUGGAAGAUAUGUUUUGGACUGUGUGAAUUUGAAUAGUCUUAUUAAUUGCCUGAAAAGAUGAUCUGAAGUCCUUGAGAAAAUAUUUUGUUUGUGUGGCUUCUGAUGGAUAGGCCCAUAGUUAUUAUAGAUCUUUAGGUUAUAACUGUUGGCUAAUUAUUUACCAGUACAUUUUUUACCUCUUCAUUUUGUUCUUAUACACUUUUUCAUAAUAAUCCUGUUACCAAAGACUUUUCAGUAGAAAGUAAAAUGAUUAUAAUUCCCCCCAAAUUGAAUUAACUAGAAACAUCUAUAGAUACGAAGUUUAUCCAAGUAGUUACUAACCCAGAAUGAUAGGAUUUAUAUUGAUUGUUGUAGUUAAAUAGUCUAGUGAUUUUGACUACCUUAUUUGUUACCAGAGCAUUCGAAAUAAGUUAUAAUACUUCCUUUACCAGAAAAUAGUUCCAGAGGAUUUUAUAUUUCAGGUAUGAUUUUUUUCUUCAACAAGUAGAUCUUCAACUCUACAGUAUUAAAGUAUUUUCAAAUUGUUGAAACUACUUGUUGGAGAGAAAAACAAAUCUUUUCACCCAAAAAUAAAUCUUUUGGUUUUGUUGAAUAAGGUAAUUGUCGUAUAACGAAGACUUCUUUUGGCUUGGCCAAAGCAAGCUUCUUUGAAGUCUUAGGUAUGAAAUUGUAACUAAAAUGGGGAGAUUCUUGCUCGUCUCUCACAGUGGUAUUAUUACUCCAUGGUGUUUCACUCCAAAGGGGCUGAUAUGCAAAUGGUAACUAUUUCCUUUUCCAAAGAUUUAUUUGUUAUAAGUACUGAUACGUGCAUGUCAUUUUUAUGCCAAAUAAUAGAAGACAAUGCUCAUCAGUAUUUUCAUACCAAAGACCAUUAAAAUAUAUAGGUUAGCCUGUAAGUAAGUAAUGGUGAGCAGAUCUGAAAUAAAUUUAUUUAGAAACUGAUAGGGAAAUCUAGCUUUAGGAGCAAAAGAUAUCAGGGGCUAAGUUUACGUAAGUAAAAACAGGACAGUUACAUUGGUAUUUAUCAGUGUUUUUAUUCAAGUACUUUAUAUCAGCAAAUUAAAAAAGAAAAAACCAAAGAUAUUUAAGGUUACCUCUGCAUAUAGGCAAGUAUAGUUGUACAUUAAACUGUUGUUUUUUGUUUUUGUGUUAACGAAACGUGUCUUUUCAGAACCCUGUCUGUGUACAAAUAGCAUACGUAGGGACUUUCCAUCCGAUCUGCUGAAUCAGCCAGGGGAUGUUUUUGCCAAAUGAUGUGAUACUUUCCUAAGCACCUUGAAUGUGAGAUGUCAACCGAAAUAUCAGCAGGCUUUUCCAUUGCAGAGUAUCUUGGUAACCCCUCAGUUAGCUUGGGUAGUUCUCAUCCUCCUUAAAGCAUCACCUGGUUAAUCAGAGGGCUCCGGGGAGACAGUCCUUAAUGAGAGGGCUCUGCUUGUCUCUGCGGGUGUAACAGGCAAGCAAGUCAUGUCGCUGCCUAUUGAACUCUUUCAAAUUGUUGAAUUGAAACCUAAAGUUGUUAAAGUGGAAUGUUUCCAUUGCAUCAAAGGAGCCUGUUUUUCCAACUUUCGUGGAACCUUGAGUGAAGGAAGACUCUUUUUCUAAUGAAGAUAUUUUGAUUAGCCUAAAAGUAAAGACACAGAUCCACCCACGGUAUGACUGAAAAUUUUCUUUGCUGUUCCAAGGCAUUAAGGGCUCAAUGAGAUGCUGUACUUUUAUUUGCCUUUAUUUUGAGUGAAAGCCAUGCCAACAUUGGGAAGAGUGACAGUGGUUUCUAUCAGUUCGUCUCAGUUUUGCAAGGACUUACACCAGAAGCUUGUUCAAGGUUGGCAAUUCAGGAUCAUUGUUGAAGUCCAUGGGAAGGCACCUUUGGAAUUCACUCAGAAUAGCUCACAAAAAAAAGAUGGAAUAGAAAGUAUCAUUUUUCUUUUAAGUGCAAGAAUACCUGGAUGUGAUUCCAUUCAGCAGUAGCUGUGAUAAUUUGCUUGAAUACAUUCAUGUUUCAUUGAAUUUAACUUUUGAAUUCUGAAUGUAAACAGAGAAUAGUUCCAUCUGUAUUGAAAGUGUAAUGCUGUUUCCAAGACCAAACAUGUGUCUUGCAGACAUGCUCCCUGGUCAUUUUCCUCGAGUCUGAUAGAAUUGUUCUGGUUUAAUUGUCCAAAUAAUGUUUGUGGCAUAGGAGUGCAGAGUACAGGGUUCUGGAGACCAGCACACACAACCAGUUGUCUCAGUUGUGAAUUUUAGUGAUGCUUUGAAGAACUUCACUGUAGAAUUCUGUGUUAAGCUGC